GCACUAACAAACCCCCUGCAUUUGGAUGUUUUUUGUUUUUCGGAACCCUUAUGUAAUUUAUAUUGACAUUCUCUGCUCUCUCCUCUCGCCUCUUCUCUCAACUUCCAGCGAAUUCGCAUCUCUCACCGUCGUCUGUCAUGAUUCAUGAUCUUCUUGAAAUCCAUACCUUGUUUGCCUCAAUAUCAUCCCCCGACGACAUAAAUCUGAUGCGUCGCUCUUAUAUGAUCUAGGGUUUUCUAGUUCGUUAUUCAAUUUCUCAGUUUCUAAAUUGCUUUUUGUAUAUUCUGUUCAAUACGUUCCUCUUCUGUGUGCGGUGCAAGUCUAUGGCAUAUUACCCACAGGUGCCUGGCUCGGCAUCGGGAUCGGGAUCGAGCUCAAGCCCUCGGCUUCAUUUCUUAAAUUCUCUCUUUGGCGAUACCACCUAUACGAAGGUGUUCGUGGGCGGAUUGGCGUGGGAGACGCAAAGCGAGACGCUGCAGCUCUAUUUCGAGCAGUUCGGGGAGAUUCUUGAGGCCGUUGUCAUCUCUGACAAGUACACGGGGAGGUCGAAGGGAUAUGGAUUUGUGACAUUUCGGCACCCUGAAUCUGCAACUAGGGCUUGUGCCAACCCGAACCCGAUCAUAGAUGGAAGGCGAGCUAACUGUAAUUUGGCUUCAUUUGGUCGGCUUCAACCUGCUCCACCUUAUGCACACCCAAGGCCUUCUGGCCCUUACAUAGGUGGUAUUUCUAUUCCACGAGGAAGUUAUGUUGGAGGAUCUACUUACCACCAAUCGCUUCCUUACAACUACCAGCAAGCUAUUCCAUAUCCUCCAUAUGGGUAUGCAGCAUAUGGACCAGAAUAUGUAUAUCCACAGAAUAUCUAUAAUCCAUAUGGAGCGCAGCAAUAUGUUCAAGUGUUUGGUGUUCCUGGAGCACUAAAUGCAACUAUUUACCCUUACGGGCAGUUUGGCCAGCCAAUUCCCACUGGCCAAGGUUUUGCAGCUGUACAGGGCUAUGCAAUGCCUGGCCAUCAUCUUUUGCAACCUGGCGGGCCUAACAUAAAUGGAGUUACAGCUCCAGCACGACCUGUAAUUCAAGCACCGUUUUCAGGGGUUGCAGCUCCUGUUUCAGCUCAGCCACAGUUCCUUCUUCCUGCACAGUCGCCUCAACUUAGUGAAGGUAAUGGAUCAAAUCACAAAGCAAGCUAGAGGAGCAGUUGGUGAACAAUACCUUGAGGACAAAGAACAGCAGCUUCGCUUGUUGAGUCACAUACCUUUCUUGCUUUGCAAUCUAGUAUCUUCGAUUUUUAGAGGUUGUACUUGUGAUUGUUCACCAGAGUUACUUCAUAGUGUCCAGUUUUGCUCCAAAGGAUGGAGCUCAGAAUGCAAUGGAGCAGAAAUAUCUUCUGCUCUGUUGCCGUCAAGUAGUGUCUGUAAAAAGUAACGCCCACGCCCUGCUGUAGCUAAUAUAGCAGUGGAGCAUGGACUGAUGGAUGCAUAUAUUGGAGAAUAUAAUGCAUUUAUUUAUAGCUUUUAAAAGUGAUUCUUUCCACCUCCAGAUGGUCUCAUCUGGUUGUAUAUAAAUCUUCGAUCGUUAUUUUAUUUAUUUUUAAUUUUCUUCAUAACCAAAGUCAUGUAGAGAUGGUACCAAUUGAUUUAGUAGUAGUCUGUGUACUCAAAAUAGUGUCAAUCUGUACUUUUUCAUUGCUGUAUAUGACUAUCCUUUUCUGAAAUGACAUUGGCAUUGAUUUAUAUCUCCUUCAAUAGCAA